UCGCGCUGCCUCCCAGUUCUUUCUCGGCUGUCGCGUAAUAACGUUGUGUUUUAUUGGUACCUCGGUAUCCGCGUCAUUUUCCUGCACCUUUUUUUUCCCCUACUCUGGUAUUAUCGUUUUCCCUAUCUCCCCCUAACCGAGUAUAGUACUUGCAAUGGAUUUUCGCGUAUUCCCAAAGUGAUAAUAAUACGCGAGUGAUCGCGAGUGACAGAAUUGUAUGGAACGUAUUUUUGAUCGUGUGAGAAAAAGAAGAAGAGUAAUAAAGAUAGAAGGAAAGAAGAGAAAGAGGGACAUAUAGAUGUACUUACACACACACAGGUACAGAAGUGCAUAUAUAUAUAUAUAUAUACAUACAUACACAUAGAACGCAGAAGAGCGUCGUGGCAGCUUCCGCAUCGCGAAGGUACUUGGGACCCACAUUAGUUGGUUAACUCUUGCCAAGCAACAUAAAGAAGAAACACCUAUAACGUUGUUCGCGUUGGGAAGACUUUUAGCAUCGAUUCUUCUUCGUAUUUCUCCUCGUCGUUGGAUAAUCGCCGUAUUUUUCAAAGAGGAAGUUUCUAUGAAAUAAAAAUGCGGUGGUAAUAAUCGUCGAAGGAAGAAGAUCAUCACAACGUAGAGGAAAAGAAAAAGAAGAAGAAGAAGAAGAAGAAGAAGAAGAAGAAGAAAUCGUCAUGGAUCAAAAAGAGGAUCUUUUGUCUUUGUGGAAAAUAACAGGAUCUUUAGUGAGAAGAUUAUUCGACGAAUAGUAGUAUAAUUAAUUAUACUACGAGUAAUCAUUAUUGUGUGUAUCAUCACAUCGUCGUUUAUGGUGUUCGACUAAAUUUAUUAUUCGUCUCGUUGUACCCUGUUUUUUUUUUCCUUUUCGUUUUUUUUUCCUUCCUCGAGUAUUUCAUUUUCAAAUGUUGUGCAUAACAUUGUCGUUGAUGUAUAAUACACCGUGAUAACAACGUACGUUUAUGUUGGAGAAAAAAGUGUGAACAACAAAUAAAAAGAAGAAGAAGAAAAAGAAGAAAUAAUUGAAUAGAAUAGGAAGAAGAAGAGAGAGAAACAAAAAAUAGUGUGAAUAUACGCCGUAGAAUUUUAUUGUUAAUUAUAGAACCGUCAAUUUUAUGUUAAUAACGUGACUACCAAACGAUUUUCGUGGAUAAACUACUUAAGAGGAGUGUCAUAUGGCUCUGGAAUAUGGUACUACUACCUACAAUAUGCACCACACGAAUCAAUUAGAAGACGUGGGCUAUAGGAGUAUCGAGAUCACGUCGGCUUUCACGCAUCUACCUCAAAAGGAGAUGGCCAGGGACACCCCGGGCUCACCUAUGUCACGCUCCCGGGAUUUGGGUAGCGGAGGAGGAGGAGGAGGAGGAGGAGGGGGUGGUGGAGGAGGUGGAGGAGGCGGCGGUGGUGUCGGAGGGGGUGGAGGUGGUGGUGGAGGCGGGGGUGGAGGAGCUGCAACGGCCACCUUGACUUCCGGCGCCUAUCAUGCUGCAGUUGCUACCACCACCGACCCAACUACCCUGCAUGGUCACGCUUUGCAACAGAAAAUACUCGAGCUACAGCAGCAGCAUCACCUGCAACAACAGAUCCUGCGGCAGCAGUACCAAGCUCAGGAACGGCACUUAGCUGAAAUGCACGAACAGCAAAUGCAUCAGCUCAAGCUUUGGGAAAAGCAGAAACAAUUGGAGGAGCAAAUGAGGGAAAAGGAACGAUUAGAGGCACUCAUGAAGAAGGACAAACAUGAUCAUAGUGCAAUUGCAUCGACGGAAGUCAAACAACGUCUUCAGAGUUUCCUGGUAAACAAAAAGCAAAGGGAAGCCGCAGCAGCAGCGAACGGUGCAGUUCCUGGUACAGCUGGAUAUAGAAGCUGGUUGCAACCCAAAUCGGAAACAACGAGCAACACAAAUUCAUCCCAUCCCUAUCGCAUGCCACAGAUGUUGCAGGAGAAAUUUGGCGAUGAUUUUCCAUUGAGAAAGACAGAUGCUGGUAGUAAUCCAGAAUCUGGGCCUAACUCACCGCCGACUGUUAAUAAUUCUCAAGCGAGUCCAACUGCUGGUAGCAACACAGCGAUACAAGAGGAAAGCGAGAGUACGAGUUAUGGUGGUCCGCUGACGAGUAGUAGUCAACAGGGAAGUCUUUCGGAUCUUUCGUUAUUUAGUUCACCGUCCAUGCCCAAUAUUUCAUUGGGUAGACCACAAAUUCCAUCCAGUUCGGCUCAGAGCGGAUCGAAAUUAGCACCGGUGUCGGAAGCGGAAGUUCGUGCCGCGUUCACAGCUCGUCUUGGUAUGCCGUUGACAGGUCAAAUGUUACCAGGCACCUUACCGUUUUAUCCAUCGUUAACGGUAAUCGAUGGUGAUCCUACAUAUAUUCACAAACAAAUGCAAAAUUUGGAACAAGUGUCAGUAGGCAGCAGACAACACCCGGUAUAUCCAAUUACGGAUACACAAGUAGCACAUACGAGACUGCAGAAGGCUAGUCACCGGCCUUUAGGUAGUAGAACUCAAUCCGCCCCGUUACCUCUCGGUCAUCCGAUGUUACAAGGAGGUAUGAUGGCACCGCCCGCGCAUUACGAGGAAUACCUGAUCGAGAAACAACAUCAGCACGAUCAACAGCAGGCGCAUAAUUAUUUGAAACAACAGAUACGUCAGACCGUAUUGACGCGGGUCAGUUCUCGCGGACAGACGAAUCAAUUGGACGAAGCACCGGAAACCGAGGAAUCCGAAGUUAUAGAUCUUACGGGGAAAAAGGAUUUGCCUGAGGAAAGUGAAAUGUCGAAGCAACAGAGGGAUCGCGAACAAUUUUUGCAACAGCAGAGAGAUCUGAUGAUGAGACAUACGUUGCAGACGAACGAGUCUACGGCCUAUUCCGGUGGAAGGAAUUCACAAUCCAGACCACUGUCCAGAGCACUCUCUAGUCCGUUGGUACAUUUAGGACCUCAGGGUGGCGGUGGUGAUAUGUUUGCUCGGGGUUCUCCUCAUCGAGCUAACACAGGACUGGCGUAUGAUCAAUUGAUGCUAAAACACGCCUGUGUUUGUGGUGAAACUGUAAGGGGCCAUCCUGAACACGGCGGUAGAUUACAAAGUGUUUGGGCUAGACUAUCGGAAACGGGAUUGUCUCAGCGUUGCAGUAGAGUUCGUUCGCGUCAGGCUACAUUAGAAGAAAUCCAAACUUGUCACAGCGAGGCUCACACGCUUUUAUUCGGAACGAAUCCUAUGAAUCGUCAGAAAUUAGACAUGACGAAGUUUCCACAAUUACCGAUUAUUGAAUUACCUUGCGGAGGAGUAGGCGUUGAUUCUGAUACAACGUGGAACGAAUUAAACACCGCACCUGCCGCCCGAAUGGCAGUAGGAUGCGUGGUAGAUCUCGCUUUGAAAGCAGCUAUGGGUGACAUCAAGAAUGGUUUUGCUGUCGUUAGACCACCCGGACAUCAUGCGGAGAGUAAUCAAGCGAUGGGCUUCUGUUUCUUCAAUUCCGUAGCAAUCGCUGCUCGUUUAUUACAACAAAAACUCGACAUCAGAAAGAUAUUGAUUCUUGAUUGGGACGUUCAUCAUGGAAAUGGAACUCAACAUAUGUUUUACGACGAUCCUAGAGUACUUUAUCUUUCCAUACACCGACACGACGAGGGUAACUUUUUCCCCGGUACGGGAGGACCAACAGAAUGUGGUACCGGCGAAGGUUUAGGAUACAACGUGAACGUAGCAUGGUCUGGUGGAUUAAAUCCACCAAUGGGAGAUGCCGAAUAUUUAGCAGCAUUUCGUACGAUCGUUAUGCCGAUCGCUAAAGUAUUCGAUCCUGAAAUCAUUCUAGUAUCUGCCGGUUUCGAUGCUGCCAUUGGUCAUCCUGCACCUCUUGGUGGUUACAAGGUCAGCCCUGCGUGUUUCGGUAGAAUGACACAGCAGUUGCUAACUUUAGCAGGUGGUAAGGUUGUUCUCGCAUUGGAAGGUGGCUACGAUUUAGCAGCAAUAUGCGAUUCUGCUCAGGAAUGCGUAAGAGCUUUAUUAGGGGAUGAACCAACUCCUAUUCGAGAAGAUGAACUCACGCGGGCACCUUGCCAAAAUGCCAUUGAUACAUUACAAAAGACUAUAGCCAUUCAGAUGUCUCAUUGGCAAUGUGUUAAACUCUUCGCUCAUACCGUUGGUAUGAGUGCAAUAGAGGCAAGUCAGAAGGAACACGAUGAAACGGAAACAGUAUCUGCGAUGGCUUCGCUUUCAAUGCAACAGCCUACGAACCUUACAACUACACCGGAUCAUUCCCGAGAAGUCUCCGAAGAACCAAUGGAACAAGACGAGGCAAAAUGAAGCGUACUCGUUAGAUGUUAGUGAUCAACCGAUCAUCUUGAGAAACGAGUUGACGAGAAAAAGAAGAAGAAAUGUCGUGACCACCCGGCGGAGGAGGGAGGGGUAGGACGACCGGAAGAAAUAAUCGGAGAAAAACGAGAUAGUCUCGUUUUUUUUUUAUCUAUGGAUAAAAUGUAGUUCAUGGAUUCGGUAUGUUGUUUCACUUGGAAAGAUAAAUCCAUGAAAAAGUCUACGGUGAUGAGAUCGUCGACGUGUUGUUUCUGGCUGGCUUGCUAAGUCGUCGACGACGUUUUAUGAUGCCGCCGGUUAUUUAAAAGACAACUACACUAACCAUUGGAAAUAAAAAUUUGUGAAAUUUUUGUCGAGUUACUACUACUACUACUAUUACUACUACUACUACUACUACUAUUACUACACUACUACUACUACUACUACUACUACUACUACUACUACUAUCGUCGUUGUUCAUGAACGAGUUGUGUACUAAAAAACGCGAGUACUAUCCGUGUAAGAUUACUACGAGCGAAAAGAGCGAGCCGUUGUUGUUGUUUGUCGCUUCUUAUUGGGUAAUCUAACUUUUCUUCUUUUUUAUUCUUUUCAUUUUUUUUUUCUUUUCAUUUUACUCAAUUGUCUCUUCUUCCAUCUCACAUAGGAGUAUGCUACUAAGAUCCAUUUUUUCGUUCUAAAAAAAGAAGUUGUAUAACUGGUGUAGGAAUAGUUUUAUUCACACGAAACAAAAAAAAAAAAAAAAGAAAGGUUCGUACGGACGAAAAAAAUGGUUUUUCGGUCCCCUCCUUUCAUAUUGGAAGCCUUUUAUUAAAAAAAUCUUCUUACCAGUGUCUUAAUAAUUAACAACGAAGGAUCCCAAGGUUUGAGAUAAGAGACAAACAAAAACCGUCAACUGGCACCAACAUAAUUCUCUUAUUUAAUAAUAAUAAUAUAUAUAGAGUUAAUCAAAAAGUAUUGACUCCCAUGACAAUUAAUAAUAAUAAUAAUAAUAAUAAUAAUAAUAUCAGGCUUGACGUUCAAUAAUAAUGCAUCGAAGUUAAAAAACAACUUUAAUAUUUUUUCUUCUCCUAUCAUUUUUUAAAAUAUAUAAUUAUUCCCUUUUCGAAGAAUUGUGUUACGUGUCGUUGACAGUGUUUGGAACGUGCUUGUUAAGGAAACAAAAAAAAGUAUAUAUAUAACAAAACAAAAAAUAACAAAAAAAAUAAUAAUACAAUCUUAUGCUUAUCGUACUUGCUUUUCAUCUACAUUAUGAAAUCGUAUUUUACAUCUUAUACGUGAAUACAAAAAUUAUAAAGUAAGCGGUAACGAGAAAGAAGAAUAAGAAGAAGAAGAUGAAGAAGAGGGAAGAUCAAUUGAGAAAAACAAAUUGCAUAUAAAAUAAAAGGCUUCGCGAGCAAAUAGAAAAAUAAUUGUCACACUUUUGUGCAAUGAAUUGUAACAAUUUUUUUUCUGAUAUAUUAAUAUAUUGUAGUGUGGUGGUUUGUGUGGAGGAGGGGGUGUUGUAUAUUGUGCAUCAAAGAAACCUGUUGCCAUUAUUGAAUGGUAAACAAUUUGUUGCAAACACCACAGUUCGUCGUAAACAUUUUUAUGUACUUUCAUAUUUUAACCCUUUGACUUCAGUGCAUUCUAUUAACAGAAAAUUAUUCGCUGUGUGUUGUUGCGAUACAAUGGAAUUCGCAUAAGAGUACGUUAAAUAUUAUAUUCAUUAUUAUAUAUUAUUCACACAUUCAUUAUUAUUUAAUUGGUUGCUGUGCAACAUAUUGUUAAACCAUAAUCUCAUCGGAUUCUGUUAUCAUAUUUAUAUUGUUUUAAUAAAACAGUAUAAAUGUUUUGUUCCGUGUAUAUAAUAUGACAUUUUACUAUCAAAGGGAUUGAAAUAAGGUACGAAAAGGAUGACCCUUUUCUUUUGAACGAAUUUGUUUUGAUCAUUGCACAUUGUUAUAAAUUUAUUUCGUUAGCUCUCACUUUUUCUUAUGCGCGCGAAGCCUUCUUGCAUUUUGUUUUGCUGGAUUGCAUUCAAAUCAGAAUUUGAUUAAGUGUGUAUUAAAAAGACAGUAGAGUUUAAAGAUGAUGAUGAUGAUGAUGAUGAUGAUGAUGAUACAUUGUUCGUCUUCUGCCAAAAGGAAACAAAAGUAAGUAAGAAAGAAAGAAAGAAUAGAAAAGAAAAGAAAAGAAAAAAAAUACGAAAAAAGAAAAUUAAAAAGAAAAAAAAAAUAACAAGAAAAAAAAUAUGACUAAGAUACUACUACGUGCGUUGUGCUGGUCACUGGCGCUUUGUUUUCACCUAUAUAUAAAUACAUACAUACAUACAUACGUACAUAUAUGAUUUUAAUCUGUUUAAAAAACAUUCUCAUUGUCGAAAAAUGAAGAAGAAGAAGAAGAAGCUGUCACAAUACAGCCGGAAGUCCUCGUGAACGGUAUAUAAAUAAUAGUGUAACUGUGAACAAGAUUUUUGUAUUAUUUGUGUAACAUAACGGACGAAUUUAAUGAAAUGGUAGUAGUUAAAUAAUCCUCUAUAAAAUUUCAUGGUUUACUUUUCUAUAUAAUUUAAACAUUGUAUAUUUGUUUAAUUAUUAUAUUUUAUUUUAUUUUAUCGUCCAAGUCACAAUUUUGCUAUUAGAGCUCCGUGUAUAUUAAAAGUUAAUAUAAUAUUGUUUUAAAUAUAAGUUGUUAAAUACGCAACAAAAAGUAUCUAUCCACGUUAGAUAACAUUUAUUUUUAUUUAACACGAAAAUAUAUAAAUUCAAUAUAAUUAUAUAGAGGGUUAAAAAGAAGUGCAUUUUUAGCGUGCUCGUAUUUUUGGCGUUAAGAAGAGACACCAUCUUCGUGUCUUAUAUUUGAAAAAAAAAAAAAAAAAAAAAAAGGAAUAUAAUAUGACAAAGAAGUUUAAAGAACUUUGUUGUUGAAUGAUGAAUUUGAUAAAAAAAGAAAAAGAAAAGUUUUCUUCUUGAGAGAGAAACCUUGUAAAUUUUAUGCACAAUCACAAGUCUAUUUAUACUCAUUAAAUAAUAUAAUAUUAAUAAUAAUGCGAAGGGAGAAGGGCUAUACUGUGCUCAAAUGUGUGUUUGUAAAAUAAUUUAUGAAUCGUCGUACGACGUUUCCUCUUUAUCUAAUUGGAAUGAUUGAUUGAUUGUUCAUUUUGUUCGCUUUAAGAUAUAUAUGAUAUUUGUAAUGCGAUCGAGAAUCGAACUAUUUACUUGUAUAAUUAAUUAAUUUUAACGCAACACGAUGUGUGCAUGCUCGAUUUUAUAUCUCUUUGAGAAAGGAAAAAAGAAAAAAAUAGUACAAAAAAGCGCAAAAAAUUCUAUUUAAAACUAAUGAUUAAAUUGAAUCGAGACACAUUUAAUUAUUUAAGGAUAAAACAAAUUUUAUUAUUCGAUAUAUUUUUAAACAAAUAAUACAAAUAUCAAGUGCGCGUCCCUAUAUAUAUAUAUAUUAUAUAUAUAUAUAUAUAUUUGUUAAUAGUUUCUCAUGUGUUUUUUCUAAUGCUUGCAAUUGUAAUUUGUUAAACAAUUGCUAGGCGAGCGAGCCCACUGCCAAAUUGUGAACACAUGGCAUUAAUGUAUAACCACAUAUACGUGUAUUGUAACGUUAUGUUUUUUUUGUUUUUUUUCGAGCAUGCAAAGAUGCACCGAUGUAUUAUUACCUACUCUCCCCCAUCACACCCCCUUGUAAUCUGUUACUUCAUUUUAAUGAUGUUUUAAAUAUCCUGACCACGGAUAAAUGUUCUUAUACGAUUAUUAGAUUGUCCCCAUUUUUCUUUUUUGUGGUAUAUUUUGUGUAAGUUUAUAAAGAAGAAGAAGAAGAAAAAGAAGAAGAAGAAACCUUUCACGAUGAUUUCAUUUCUUACUACGGACAAAGGCUGGUGUGAUUUUUGUGAUAUUUUGUAAAAAGAGGUUUAUUAACGUAUGGUUAAUGAAAAUGAUGAUGAAGAAGAAGAAUAAGAAAAGAGGGUGCGUAUAAUCAGCCCUCAAACUGUUGCUGAGGAAUGCGGGAGAGUUAGAUAGAAUGUUAGAAAGAAAAUAAAAAACAGAAUGAGUGAGAGUUUAGUAGUCAGAGAGAGAGAAAGAAAAAAAAAAAAAAGAAAAUAAAAGUAACGAUGCCGGUGAGACGGAGAAUAGAGGAGAAAAAUAAAAUAUACUUCAGAUACAAGCAUUUAUUUUUGUGUCGUGCAUUUUACGAAAGCAGAGAUGAAUUUAAAAUAACGUUUAUUGAUUAUAAUAAUAAUAAUAAUAAUAAUAAUAAUACAAAAAA